AUGGUCAUCGUUCGCGGAGAUUACGUGUGGAUGCCACUGCCGUUGAGUAACUGCGCGGCCGGCGUCAACACCAUCGGCGCGAGGGUCGUCGCCAUCAGUAAUGGACGCUUGUGCAUGAGGGACGACGACGGUCACGAGUCGUGGCUGGACGACGACGUGCACCUGACGCGCAUGCACCCGACCUCGGUGCAGGGCGUCGACGACAUGAUCAACCUCAAUGACCUGAGUGACGCGGCGAUUCUGCGCAACCUGGCCGUUAGAUAUCACGAUAAGCUGAUCUACACGUAUAUGCGCAACAUUCUCGUCGCCGUCAACCCUUACCAGCUGUUGCCGAUAUACGGCAUUGACCAGAUCUACCUGUACCGGAAUCGGCGCAUCGGUGAGUUGCCACCUCACAUAUUUGCUGUCGCCGAUUCGGCCUACUCGAGAGCGAUCGAACACGGCAGGGACUUCUCGAUCGUCAUCAGUGGUGAAUCAGGGGCAGGCAAAACCGAAAGCAUGAAAGUGAUCUUGCAAUACAUGGCAGCUGUUUCCGGCAAGCAUACGUGGAUCGAGCAGCAGAUCAUCGAGGCGAAUCCGAUUCUUGAAGCAUUCGGCAACGCGACCACCGUUCACAACGACAACUCGUCGCGUUUUGGACGCUACAUCGUUUUGUACUUCGACGAGAACGGUUUCAUUUCCUGCGCCAAGAUCAAACAUUAUAUGUUGGAGAAGAGUCGCAUCGUGACUCAGUCAUACCACGAAAGGAACUACCACAUAUUUUACUCGCUUCUCGCUGGUCUGUCUGCGGAUGACAAGAGACAGUUGGAUCUGCACGAUGCUUCCGACUAUUAUUGCCUGACACAGGGCGAAUCCGCUGGCAGAAAUGGACGUGAAGAGGUGCUGAGCUACAUGGAAAUCAAAGCGGCGAUGAAGGUCCUGUUCUUUUCGGACAUUGAGAUUUGGUCGGUUGUCAAAGUGUUGUCCGGUCUUCUUCAUCUUGGCAACGUUAAAUUCAGCGGUAUAGCCGUUAUGGAUUGCGUGUUUAAGGUUUCAGAGCUAGUUAAAGCGCUCACCUGUCGUUCCAUUCGUACCAAAGACGAAUCAGUCGUGUUGGCGAUGACUCCAGAGCAGAGCUUAGAUGUACGCGACGCACUGGUACGAGAAAUAUACGGAAAACUCUUUGAGUGGCUCGUACGCAAGAUCAACAGCAUCAUAUUUAGUCAAAGCAGGGCAACGUACAGUGUUGUCAUACUUGAUGUUUACGGAUUCGAGAAUUUGUUCCAAAACAGCUUCGAGCAACUGUGUAUUAACUACGCGAAUGAAGUGCUGCAGCAGUUUUACAUCAGACAUGUUUUUAAAUUGGAACAGGAGGAAUAUAAACAGUACGAGAUAUCGUGGAAUCCCGUCAAUUUCGCCGACAACCAGAAUGUUUUGGAAUUGAUCGCCGAUGGCACCAACAGCAUCCUGUCGAUCCUUGACGAUGAGAGCCGUUUCCCGAUGAGCACAACUGGGACAUUUUUGGUGAAGCUGCACGAAAUCCACUGCCACAACAAGAACUACUUUAAGCCAAAGUCUGACUUGAACCGAUGUUUCGGGAUCAGGCACUACGCCGGAUUUGUAUACCGAGUCGUUUCAGGCUUUGUCGAGAAAAAUCGCGACGCCAUGAACGACGAGAUGCUGAGCAUAAUUGACGGCAGCAAGUUUUUGUUUCUUCAGAACUUGUUCUUAUACGAUGUGGCCGCUCGGCGUGCAAAGGUUAGCGUCAGCGGAGAGUUCAGGAAGUCCCUUAAGGCAUUAAUGAAAGACCUCGAAAAGCGAGAACCGUUUUUCAUACGUUGCAUCAAGCCGAAUAAUUCCAAAGCUGCUCUGCUGUUUGAUAGGGAACUUUGCUGCAAACAGCUGAGGUAUUCCGGCAUGCUCGAAACCGUUCGUAUUAGGCGUUCAGGGUUCAGCUUGGUAGAGUUCGUCGAUCGUUACAGGAUUUUAGUUUCUACUUCUAAGAUGUCUCGCACCGCGGACUAUGAAAACGCCGCUCGAAUUAUUUGUAUGAGCAUAUCAUUCGACGUCAGUCUCUUUCAGAUCGGCAGAAGUCGUAUAUUUUUGAAGGUACGCGUUGAUAUUCGUUGCUUAUGUCCCCGUUUGAAAUCAUGCAUUGUAUGUUGCAGGACAGUCCGCGGUUGGCUCCAGCGCCUUCGCUACGUGCGUUUGCGAUUUGCGUGCAUUGUCAUACAGCGCAGUUGGAGGUGCUACCUCUUCCGAAAGAGGUACAAUAUGAUCAGCCGAGGUUUCGCCCGUCUGCAAGCUGUUAUCCGCUCCAGGCGCAUAGCCACCAUCUACCGGCAGAGACGACGGACGAUCAUCGCCUUUCAGGUAAGGUCACUGGAUGAUGAUAAUUUCUUCCAGACUGAAAAAAAUAGGUUUGCCGUACGGCUCUUGAAGCGCAAGCCUGUUUCUUCGGAUGAUCUGAUGAAGGAGUACUUAAAACUACUGGAAGAAACUCCGAAGAGUAAUCUGGAUAAGCUGCAUUUCAUCAUCGGCCAUGGAAUUUUAAGGCCGCAACUCAGGAAUGAAAUUUUCUGCCAGAUCUGCAAGCAGCUGACCGAAAAUCCGAGUUCUCAUUCGCUCACUCGGGGAUGGCUGUUGCUGUCUCUGUGUCUGUGCUGCUUUGCACCGUCGAAAAAGCUCGUCAAAUACUUGCGCUCGUUCAUCCGUUACGAGGGUAUCAGUGACUUCUCGACGUACAGCGAUGAGCGCUUAGUAAGGACUUUGUCGAACGGAGCUAGAAAUCAGCCGCCGAGUCUCAUCGAGAUUCAGGCUGCAAGUCUAAAGAAGCCAAUUGAGCUGACGAUUACGUUGAUGAACGGUGCGACUAAGGUGUUGCAAGUCGAUUCUGCAGCGACAUCACGGGAACUGUGCAAGGCCAUAUCCGAAGAUAUUGGGCUUGUGGAUGACUUUGGGUUUUCGAUUUAUAUUUCCAUGCUUGAUAAGGUUUGCAGUCUUGGCUGUGGAUCUGAUCACGUUAUGGACGCAAUCAGCCAGUGCGAACAGUACGCGGUUAUGAAUGGCCUCAAAGAUCAGGACGCGAAGUGGCUGUUGUUUUUUCGCAAGGAAACGUUUUCUCCAUGGUGCAUCGUAUCAGAGGACAAAACGGCCACUGAACUGAUCUACGCGCAAGUCGUUCAGGGUGUCAGACACGGAGAGUACUCUUGUGAUAAGGAUGAAGAAGUAGCCAAGUUGAUCGCACUGCAGUAUUGCGUGGACCAUGGUACGACCGUCGAUUUGAAGACGUUAUCCGACGUUUUGCCGCAAUACUUGCCGAUCGGAACCUACGAUCCUGCUUUGCAUUCUCAGGAGCUGCUCGACACCUGGCUGCAACUGGUGCUUCACCUCGUGAAAGACGAACCGGAAAUCACCCGCCUCGUAACUUUGGCCAUGUUCAAAUGGCCACUGCUGUUCUCUCGAUUUUAUGAAGCGUGGAAGCUAGCCGGAAGCCAGUUGCCUAAGGAUCAGGUAACCGUUGCUAUAAACUGGACUGGUAUUUACGUGAUUGAUGAAGAAGAACGAGUGCUUCUGGAAUUAUCUUUUGCAGAAACAGCUGAAGUUCUUUUGAACGCUUUUAAGCUCGGCGUGGAUACUUUCACCAUACGAACUGUCAGUGGAGCCGAGUAUACGUUUCACUCUCAUAGUGCCAAGGACAUACGCCAUGUAAUCUCUUACUUCUUGGACGGGUUGAUCAGCCGAAGUCGCUACGGCAUUUGCGUAAGGGAUGUUCAGCAUUCGGCAGAACGCAAAAUGCUUCACAUCAAACAAGGCGACCUGAUCGAGUUCGACGAAGGCACCACCGGCGAUAAGGUGUUGCAACAAGGUGGGGGAUUUGGCGAGAACAUUCGAACGGCUGAUCGUGGUCAGUUUUCAAGCACUGAUGUGUACAUUUUGCCAACAAUGGGUAAACCAUCGAACGAAGUCAUGGUACGUUUGAUUUCAAGGCCUAGCAGAGGCAACUCGAUCAACGCCAUGUUCCAUGCUAGGUGUGAUUUGUGGCGUUACAGUGCCGAGCCGCUGAAAAUGCCCCUGUUGCGGAAGACGAUGGUAAACAAGGUGGUGACGAACGCGGCGUUGUCCGCCUAUCUCUCACUGAUGAAGUACAUGGGCGAUUAUCCUGUGCGCAAAACGCUGAAAGCCGUCCACGUCGUUGCUCAUAUUUUUCUCCCAGAACUGCUACGAGACGAGGUAUUUUGCCAAAUAAUGAAGCAACUGACGGACAAUCCACGGAGCUCGUCGGUCGAUAAGGGAUGGGAGCUGAUGUGGCUUGCCCUUGGACUGUUUGCGCCGUCGCAGAUGCUCUACACGGAUCUGGUGCUGUUCCUUCGGACAAGGCAUACACCGAUCGCUGCCGACUGCUAUAAUCGAUUUUAUGACAAGUUAGUUUUAGGUUUGCCGGCCGGAAAUCUCCUCCUCAUGUGGUCGAAAUAUAUCAUAAGGUGCACUUUCCGGAUGGUUCCGAUAUGUUCCAAACUUCAGGUCCUUUGUGACCGUAUCGCGUCGUACGUUCAGAUCAAAUCUAGCAGAGGGUUUUCACUAUUUUUUAAGACAAACAACAAAGUGAUUUCUGCGCCACCUGACGAAUUCUUUUUCGACUUCCUUUGGAAGGUGACGGAUUUGUUCAACAAGCCCAGAUCCGAUUUGCCCCUUCCUUCUUAUGGCAUGUACUUCAUGAGAAAAAUGUGGGUCGACGUGGUUCCCGGAGUGGACCGAAAAGCCGAUGUAUUGUUUCAUUACCCUCAGGAAUGGUCAAAAUAUAUUCAUGGUUACCAUAAAAUCAGUGUAGAGGCGGCUACUCGUAUGGGUGCCCUGAUAUACCAGGCUAUGUACAAAGGCAGCAAGCAACUGACGUCAUCGGUGGUAUGUAAAGAACUUAUACCCGCAAACAUGCUGAAGCUUCUGCCAAUCAACGAGUGGCUGCGAUCUGUUAUAUAUACUAAUAUUUCUCCCAACGUUUGGUUCCGCUUUCUUCGAUUAAUUUUGCAUCUUUCGCUUUCUCUUCCUGAAAAGUUGAUUUUGGCGUUCAACAAGAAUGGCAUUUCCAUUAUCCAUGCAGCUACGAAAGAAAUCCUCAUCGUACAUCCUUUUAAAAGUGUAAGCAACUGGAACAGUGGCAACACUUAUUUUCACCUAACAUUCGGCAACCUGAUCAAAGGGUCCAGACUUCUCUGCGAAACCACUGUCGUAAAAUGUGAUCAUGCCGCUUCCACGCCAAGGAUUGCAUGCGUCUGUCGUUAUCCUUUAUUCGUUACACAGACUGGAGGUUGGGUUUACGGCUAA